GUUUUAGUGCAGACAGAGCCGCCGCAGAGGGACUUUAUGCGCCACACCGGGAAUGUGCGCACCGCCGCGGAGCCUCGUGUUUCUGCGCACUGUCCCCGGGGCCGUGUUUUUAGCGCACGCCGCGCUGUUGUGGCGCUGUUGUGGCGCUGUUCUGGCGCUGUUCUCGUGGAUCCAGGCCUGGUGAUUCCAGCCCUUGUUCGUUCUGCGCGUCCAUGACUGUCCUCGCGCACUCUCAUGGCGGAGACUAAAAUCAUUUAUCACAUCGACGAGGAGGAAACGCCGUACCUCGUCAAACUGUCCGUGGCACCGGAGAAAGUCACGUUAGCGGAUUUUAAAAAUGUCCUCAACAACCGACCCGUCCACAGCUACAAAUUCUUCUUCAAAUCCAUGGACCAGGAUUUUGGGGUUGUCAAAGAGGAGAUUUCCGAUGACAAUGCCAAACUGCCGUGCUUCAACGGGCGAGUGGUGUCGUGGUUGGUGCUGGCUGAGAGUGCUCACUCAGACGGAGGGUCCCAGUGCACCGAGAGCCACCCCGAGCUGCCCCCACCCCUGGAGCGGACCGGGGGCAUCGGAGACUCCAGACCCCCCUCGUUCCACGCCAACGCCGUGAGCAGUCGGGACGGGCUGGACACGGAGACGGGGACAGAGUCUCUCCUGAGCCACCGCAGAGAGAGAGAGAGAGAGCGGGCGAGGAGGAGAGCGAGAGAGACGGAGCUCCCUCGGAUCAACGGCCACUCGAAAUCCGAGCGAACGGCGAGAGACUCGGCCAUGGGCUACGACAGCACGUCCGUAAUGAGCAGCGAGCUCGAGUCCAGCUCGUUUGUGGACAGCGAGGAAGACGAGGACGCGAGCAGACUCAGUAGUUCUACAGAACAGAGCUCGUCGUCGCAGCUGAUGCGACGCCACAAACGGCGACGGCGGAGGCAUAAAGUGUCUAAGAUCGACCGGUCGUCGUCCUUCAGCAGCAUCACCGACUCCACCAUGAGCCUCAACAUCAUCACCGUCACGCUCAAUAUGGAAAAGUACAAUUUCCUGGGCAUCAGUAUCGUGGGUCAGAGCAACGACCGAGGAGACGGCGGGAUUUACAUCGGCUCCAUCAUGAAGGGCGGGGCUGUGGCGGCGGACGGCAGGAUCGAGCCCGGAGACAUGCUCCUGCAGGUGAACGACGUGAACUUUGAGAACAUGAGCAACGACGACGCUGUGAGGAUCCUCCGGGAAAUCGUCUCCAAAACUGGUCCUAUUAGUCUGACUGUUGCCAAAUGUUGGGAUCCGUCUCCGAGAAGUUACUUUACGAUCCCCCGCGCCGAGCCCGUGCGGCCCAUCGAUCCCGCCGCCUGGAUCUCACACACCACAGCUCUGACUGGGCCGUUCCCGCACUACGAGUUCGACGACCUGCCUCUGUCUGUGAGUAAAACCGACAUGGCCACGAUCGUGAAGGUGAUGCAGUUGCCCGACUCGGGGCUGGAAAUCCGCGACAGGAUGUGGUUAAAGAUCACCAUCGCCAACGCCGUGAUCGGGGCGGACGUGGUGGACUGGCUUUACUCUCGAGUGGAAGGAUUCAAAGAGCGUCGUGAUGCGCGGAAAUACGCCAGCAGUUUACUGAAACACGGAUACCUCCGACACACCGUCAACAAGAUCACGUUUUCAGAGCAGUGCUACUACACGUUUGGAGACCUGUGCCAAAACAUGGCGUCUCUUAAUCUGAACGAAGGCUCGAGCGGCGGCGGCUCGGAGCAGGACACGUUGGCCCCGCUGCCUCCCACCGCGAACCCCUGGCCCCUGGGCGGACAACCCUUCCCUUACCCCCCCUUCCCUUCGGCGCCCCCUAGCUUCCCUCCCGGAUACUCGGACCCGUGCCACAGCUUCCACAGCGGCAGCGCGGGCAGCCAGCACAGCGAGGGAAGCCGGAGCAGCGGCUCCAACCCGAGCGCGGGCAAAGGCCGUCGCUCAUCUCCUCAGGAGAAGUGCAGCGAGUCCGAGACCCCCGCGGCGCUCAGAGGGGGGCGUCCCGACCGCUCGGCCAGUCAGCUGAGCCAGCACAGCCACGCCCGCUCCAACAGCCAAUCGCACCGCAGCCACGGCCCCUUCGCGCACGGCCACGCCCCCUUCGCCAAGCCCGGGCCGGGCUCCUGCGCUCACAGCGACAGGAGCCACGCCUCCUCGUACGGCCCCCCGGGCCUACCUCCCCCGUACUGCCUGGCGCGCCUCGCCCACAAACCCCCCGCGGGCGGCGGCGCCCCCCCCGGAGCCCCGCCCGGCCGAGAGCUCGCCUCCGUCCCCCCGGAACUCACCGCCAGCCGCCAGUCCUUCCAGCACGCCAUGGGGAACCCCUGUGAGUUCUUUGUGGACAUCAUGUGACCGGAUCAUGUGACCGGACCAUGUGACCGGAUCAUGUGACAGGAAGGUGCCUUCAAACACAGAGCACAACCGUCUCAAAGGAUUCUGGGCCGUGGCUCCUGUACAGUCGUGUGUCGUCCUGAUGUUUUAGUGGAGUGUUUCUCAUGUUUCUGUUCACUUUGUUAAGCUCCAGCGGCACUUACUGUAAAACAGGCUCCUACGGCUCCGAGCCGGCUCUUACGGCUCCUACGGCUCCUACGGCUCCUACGGCUCUGAGCCGGUCCGUUUGACUCGUGGGAUUAGCAUGUUGUGCUAAAGACAAACUUUUUACUUUGAGGUGAGUGCGAUGUGCCAACGGCUCACACUGAGGCCUCAGUGUGUGGGCCUGACUCGGGCCUCACUGUGUGGGUCUGUGGGUCUGUGGGCCUCACUCGGGCCUCAGUGUGUGGGCCUGACUCGGGCCUCACUGUGUGGGUCUGUGGGUCUGUGGGCCUCACUCGGGCCUCAGUGUGUGGGCCUGACUCG